AUGAAGUUGCAUGUGCGAAAGUUUCAGUCCAUCUUAACCCGGGCUGAUAACUGCGAAAAAGCAGAAUUUUCAAAUUUGGCUUCUGGCAUGAUUUUGUUUAUUUUAAAAGUAAAACUUCAAAAAACGAAACUAUAUUCAUCUACCUUCCAAAAAAAAUUAUAUUCGACAAUAUCGACGUUAUUUUCUGGAGGCAUUUAUUUGGAGCUUAGCAUUGUUCUCUGUUUGGUCUGUGUUUUCAUAGUCUUGAACGUCGUCAACAUCAUUUCCAUUCGACGCAACAAAAACGCUGUAAACAUCAACAACAGCAACAACAACAACAACAUUAUCAACGACAAUAUCAACAACAAUGCUAACAACAACACCACCAACCACAAUAACAGUAAUGGCAAUGACAACAACAACAACAACAGCAGCAGCAACAACAACAACAACAUCAACAACAACAACAACAACAACAGCCAAGACGAAGUAAGCAUUAAUAUAAAAAGCGAGAGUCUCGCUGACAUCAUCAACAUAAAUUUAAUUAACAGUGCUAGUAAUAAAAUUAUAAAGACAAGUGCUAAUACUAAGGAAGGUAGUAAUAACGACAAUGGGCACAACAACGACGUCCAGGUUAUUAAUGAUGACGUCAUCUCUUGUCACACUCGUCUAGGAGAUUCGCCCAUUUGCACCAAUGACAAUAACAAUGACAUCAACAACAAAACAAACAUCGCCAAGAAUACUAACGUUUAUAAACGUAUUAAUCGCAUAAAAUAUUUAGAGAGCAUAAAGGAGACUGAUGACAUUAACGACAACAACAAUGAUGACAACAACAAUGAUGACAACAACAAUGAUGACAACAACAAUGAUGACAACAACAAUGAUGACAACAACAAUGAUGACAACAACAAUGAUGACAACAACUUCAGUCCCAACAUUGAUGAACAGAUUUUUCACGAAAACGAUACCACUUUUAAAAAUCCUCCUAAAAAUUUUUUUACAAAAAUAUUUUUGGACGGAAUAAUUUUCAAAAAUACAAAACACAGCAACAAACUCAAAAACAACAACAGCAGCAGCUAUGAUAUCAAUGACAACCGCAAAACCGACAACAUUCCCGUAUCUAUUUUUAAUGUCUGCAGUCACUCGAAUGCAUAUUUUCAACAUUCAGAGGCUUACGCUUGCAACAACAGAACUACAUCAACAGCAACAACAUCAACAGCAACAACAUCAUCAUCAACAACAUCAACAACGGUUACAACAACUUCUGCAACGACAUUAAACCCAAUCAAAAAUUUUCCAAAAAACGUUGAUUCUGUUACAAAAUCAUCACACGAAGUCUCGACGCAAAAUGCAAACAGUGUUGAGUCACCAUCAUCAUCGUCUUCAUCCUCGCUUAUAUGGACCACAAAAUCAUCCGCAGAUGCCAUGGGUUUGUGUUAG